CGCUGUUUCGAUCCAUUCACAGAAAACUCCCGCAUUGAUUGAACCAAAUCCAUCGGCUUCCAAGCAUGGCAUCGACCGCGAAAAAAUUAAUGUUCGGGUCCCUCGGCAGAGCCCCCARCGGGCUUCGCAUUCGCUGUUUCGGUCAUUCGGGUUCCCAUCGKCGYGUCGCCGGGGGGGCGCCGAAGCCCGAGCCGUGCGAGGCCUGGCGGAGCUUUUCGUCGUCCUCCGGCGAGGCCGCGUCUUCCAACUACUCGCAGCCGCCACCCGUGAAACACGCCAGCAAAUUCAAGGGGCCCAUCGUGAAUCAGCUGUGGGAUCUGAGAAACGAGGCCAAACAAAAGGCCGCGGCCUCCGGCGAAGCCAUCGACAUGGACCGCCCGAGACCGCCCUCCGAAUCCAUCACCAAGAUCGAUUACGACUUUGAGAACGACGAGUUUUUGAUGGAGCGGUAUCGCAACCCGUUCGGCCACCUGCGCUUCGGCAAGGUGCUGGAAGAUUUGGACGCGCUGGCGGGGAACAUUGCCUACAGCCACGUCCAGGAUCCKGGAGUGAACAUCGUCACGGCGAGCGUCGACCGGAUUCGGCUGUCGGGCAUCGUCCAGCUGGAAAAGAGCCAACAACUGAGCGGAAAGGUGACCUACGUGGGAACUUCUUCCAUGGAAAUCCGGAUGCAAUGCAAACAAUUCGGAGACGACGACCCGUGGAUGGAAGGUAGGUUUGUGUCUGUUUUGUUUUCUAUAGGCUUCUAGAUCUGCUGCAACUGUGUUUGGAAAWCCGAGUAUUGUACGUCGAAAAAAUCUGUCCAUCUGUUCACCACUGUUCUACCCUGCUCCACUCGACCCAUUCACUGGCGUUUACAUCGCUGGCAGCCUACUUUACCUUCGUUGCCGUCGACAGCGAGAAGAAACCAAUGAGAAUCCCGCCCCUCGAUCCACAGACGUGGCUCGAAAAAGACCAGUUCGAGGCCGGGGCGCGACGUGCCCAGCUGCGAAAGGAGGGGCGAAAAAAGCUGAAAAACUUCGAAACCCCCCUCGACCCGGAGAUCGAAAAGGUGGCGGUGGGACUGCUGCGCGAGGCMGGACCGCUGAAGAACAUUCCCAGUCUCGCCAACCCCAAAUCGAUCCUGAUGGAGCAAACCAAGCUGCAGAACUGCGAACURGCCCAGCCGCAAACCGCGAACCUGGCAAACCAAAUAUUCGGUGGAUUCUUGAUGCGGCGGGCCUUUGACCUGGCAUACGCCACGGCCUAUGUCUUUGCGGGACGCCGUCCCAGGUUCCUAGAGGUCGACCAGGUCGCAUUCACCAUCCCMGUGAGCGUGGGUGACCUCACCAACUUUUCGGCGCAGGUCAUUCACGCAGACGUCCACGAGGAGCUCCGGAAUUUCAACUUYUACAAAGGCCAAAAGGACGUGCCCGUGAUCUCGAUCGAGGUWUCGGCAUGGGUCGUGGAACCGGAACAAGCUUCCGCCAAGCUAUCGAACAAAUUUAUCUACACGUUUGCAGCGGACCCCGGAAUGGAGAUCCGAAACGUCCUCCCGUCCAACAUGGAGGAAGCGCGGAAAAUGGCCAUCCAGAUGAGCAAGCACAAAAACGAUUUUCAUURAAACCGAAUGRCURACUUAGCUUGUCGGCAGCAUUCGAAGAAUCAACUGCUAUAUUUGAUUUGCGUCCAGUGAUCGAGUAGACAAUAACUUACUGCUCGAUUUCGAAGUGAAUCAAUAAUAUCUUGCUAUGCUA